AGAAGAUAGAGGGUGAAAAAGAAGAAGAAGAAAAUAUAAGUCGAUCGGGAAAUCGUAGGUUUCGGUAGCGAAACCAUGGAUCCGGUGAAACUUCUCCUGAUGAGCGCUACGAUUAUCGGACUAUACUUGACGAACAACGGAUGCAGAGCCAUAUUGACCAAUUCUAUCAACAGAUGUGACGCACCGCCUUGCAGAUGCGACGUUUUCGCGAGGCUGACUUGCGACUGCGAUAACGAACCAGAGGAGCUGGUCCUAACGACGGAAGGCAAUCGAAGACUGAGUCCACACACGACGCGAAUAAUGAUAUCGAACUGUCCGUCGGUCAGGCUGGUGAAUUCAAGUCUAACAUCCAUGGGAGGUCUGCGAGCGAUAAGCUUCGAGAACAUCGGUAACCUGACGUUGUACCCUCAGAGUUUCGAGCUUGCAACGCGCGAUUCGCCGGCCAAGAUAUCGAUAAUAAACAGCAGCGUAGACCUUCUGCCGAGUUUCACGUUCAAGGGUGACGUGGAGGUAAUCCACCUUCAGAACGUGAGGAUCGGUCAGGUGAACGCUUUCGCCUUUUCGAACCUCGUAGGAACGGAAACAAUGACGCUUGAUAACUGCGUCAUAGAGACGAUGGAGGCGCAAGCUUUCAAGAAAUUCGACGUCGGCUAUCUUCACGUGAUAGGCGGAACGUUCGGCGAGGUUGUACCGAGUAGAGCGAUGAACGAUAUCGAAGUAACGAGUAAAUUCAUGCUGGACGGUGUUCGAAUGGGAACGGUUAGAAGUUCGGCGUUCAUAAUACGGAGGCCGAGAACCGUUGCGAUACAGAAUUGCGAUUUCGGAAUAAUCGAGGGCCAGGCGUUCAGCGUGACGACGACAGGCCCCGUGAUAAUGAAGAACAACACGUUCGGCAACCUGAACGUAGGCGCGUUUCUGGACAUAAAAGUAGACCCGGAAUCCCAGUCGUACCACAACAGCAAUAACAACAAUGGAAGACUGAACGACCUGAUAUUCAAAAACAAUAGUCUGACGACUUUCGAAGAAGGAUCGGUGAUGUUCGACAGAGGAAGUUUCCGUCCAGAAUUGGACGGAAUUCUGGUGAAUCAUGAUUGCGAAUGUUCGUCGAUUCCGAUUUGGCGAGGAAACGUGCUGAACUACAGUAACGUGUACGCGAAAUUUAACUCAAUGAGCUUACCGACCGAGCCGAUAAACGUUGGUCCGGAAACGUUUCUGUGUCUGGAUUCCGACGCUGACUUCACGCCGGUAACAUUCACCGAAUACGAGUCGAGAAACUGCACGAUAAGUAAUUCCACCCUCUUGUUCGUACUGGUUCUGGUUGGUUCGCUGAUAGUUUUGCUUAUCGGCGGUUUUCUAAUCGUUUGGUUCUGCCGCAGGCAGCGUGACAACAACCAGAAACGCUGGAUAAGCGUGCCGACUAACGCGCCUGACGUUGUUUCGAAGAAGAACGGCGUCAUCGCCAGGGACGGACGUCCGGUUGACAGCAGGAUAACGAUGGUCGUGCCCGACGGACGCGUUUACAGAGAAACUGAGUUUCACGUGAUUGUUGAAAAGGCUGAACCGUUAACGACAGAGUUAUGAAAUACCUAUUGAUAAUAACGACGAGAACGACAACAAAAAUAACAAUAAUAAUAAGUUAAUAUCGAUAACGACGAUAAUUAAUA